UCUAUGUGCACACCCAAGAACUUGAAAAUGGAAAAUGCUGACAGGCUGCAUCAACGGGGGCCUUCCUUCUUCUGAAGCCGACUACCAGCUCUUUUGUCUUGGUGAUAUUGAGAUCCAGGUUGUUGUCUACACAACUAUCUGACAGCCUCUUAACCUCAGCUCUGUAUGCCGUCUCGUCUCCCCCAGAGAUGAUCUGCGAACUUAAUGACUGCAUUGUCUGGGUGGGAACUGAGGAAAGAUAAGGCCCCACUCUAACUCUGUGUACACGGUCUGAGAGGAAGUCUCUGAUCCACCGGGUGGUGUGGAGCAUUGUAGCAAUGGUGUCUUCAGUUGAUCUGUUAGCUCUGUAUGCGAACUGGAGCUGGUGGAGUGUGGGUGGCAGGCAGGACAUGAUGUGACGUCGGACCAGUUUCUCGAAGCACUUCAUUAUAACAGGUGUUAGAGCAACUGGUCAGUAGUCGUUGAGGGUGCAAAUGUUGGUACGCUUUGGCUGUGGGACAAUUUUGGCCGACUUUAGGCAUGGCAGGAUGCAGGACUGGGACAGUGAAGUGUUGAAGAUUUUAGUGAAGAUCCCAGCCAGCUGGUCUGCACAUUCUUUUGGAAACCUUCCGGUCACCCCAUCUGGACCGACGGCCCUCCUGGGGUUCACCGCCCUCACUGUGCGCCUCACGUCAUGUUCCUGCACCAUGAGGCUUGGGCUGUUGCUGCCGUCUGAUGUUUUAGCUCCUGCUGCCUCUAGUCCCUUCACCUCAAAGCGUGCUUCAGCUCCUCCGCAAGCAUCGCGUUGCCCUCAGUCAAUGUGGUAUUGCCAGGUUUGUAGUUGAUUAGUUCUGAACUCCCUGUCAUACCUGUCGUGAGUUGUUGCUGAAGUGGUCUUCAAUCCGCCUCUUGUGCGCUGCCUUGGCCUCUCUGAUACCUCUUUUCAGCUCAGAUCUGGCUGUACUGUAAUGCAAUAACAUCACCGGAUCUGAAAGUGGCGUCACGUUGCUUCAGCAAGACCUGGACUUCUGUAGUCAUCCAAGGUUUCUGGUUGGAAUACACUCGGAGAUGUUUGUCACAGUAACACUGUUGAUACAUAAGUUAAUAUAUGAGAGCACUGAUGUUGUGUGCUGUUCGAGGUCCUGGUGUUCAAACACACUGUGCUUUCAAAACAGUCCUGCAGCUGAUGUGAUGCACCUUCACAGUCUUUCUGGCUGGGGGACUCUCCUCCUAAAAGGAGUGCAUGCAGAGAUCAGCAGCAUGGAUAUGUGGUCUGACAAACCUAGAUGUGGUAGAGGGGUUGCUCUGUAGCCUUUUUGGAUGUUGCUGUAGGCUUUAUCCAGUGUGUUUUUCCCCCCUUGUUGCACAUUUAACAUGCUGUUCAAAUCUGGGGAAUACUGACCUUAAGUCAGCAUGGUUGAAGUCCCCAGCUAUAAUGUGCACUGCGUCGGGAUGGGAGUUCUGCUGACUGCUUAUUGCCUUGUCCAGCUCCUCCAAGGCCGAGUUAGCGUUAGCAUCGGGUAGUACAUACAUGGCCGUUACCAUGACGACAGUAAACUCGCGAAGUAUGUAGAAUGGUCUGCAUUUCACAGUAAAAUAUUCCAAAUCCGGGGAACAGUGGCGGUCUACAGUCUUUGCACCAGCUGUCAUUGAUGUAGAUGUAUAAACCCCUUCCUUGGUUCUUACCGGAGUGGCCGUUCCUGUCGUGAUGGUGGACCGUGCGGCUUGCUAACUCAAUAGCCGAGUCCGGAAUCGAUGGCUGCAGUCAAGUCUCUCCUCCUACUGUCUGGUUUCGUGAGCUUGUGUACCAGUUUCUGUUCUAAGCUGACGGGAGUGGUCUACUGCUACUGUACCCCAGCUGCCUCAGGGUUUGGCAUGUUGUGCGUUCCAAGAUGCUCUUCUGUGACUGCUGGACGUUCUUGUGGACUGUGUUGCUAUUUAAUGCAAUGGGCUGCAUCCAGAGUAUCAGAUGUAAGCCCAAGAGUUUCCGAGACAGCAUCGUCAUCCUGGAGCUGAACGCUACUAUCGACUCCAACCCCACCAGCAUCGACGAGACAUCCGGCGUGGUCUUGCGCUACCGGACGCCGCACUUUCGAGCGAACGCCCGAAUACUGGUGCCACCAGUAGCAGCUAAGGAGACGUGGACCAUCGGCUGGAUCCAAGCCUGCAACCACAUGGAGUUCUUUAACACGUAUGGGGACAAAGGAAUGUCAAGUUGGGAACUCCCUGAUCUGCGUGACGGCAAGAUCCAGGCCAUCAGCGACUCAGACGGCGUCAACUACCCAUGGUACGGAAACACUACUGAAACCUGCACCGUCAUAGGCCCCACCAAGAAGGACAGCAAAUUCGUAGUCAGUAUGAAUGACAAUUUUUACCCCAGCGUGACUUGGGGAGUGCCCGUCAGCGACAGCAAUGUGCCUCAGCUCAGCAGCAUCUUCCGUGACCAGAGCUUCACGACUUGGCUCGUGGCCAUCAAUCAGGCCACCUCAGAGACGCUGGUCCUGCAGACGAUCCGCUGGAGGAUGCGGCUUGACAUAAAAGUGGACCCGGAGAAGCCGCUGGGUCAAAGGGCCGUUCUGAAAGAGCCCGUGGCCCAGGUACAGCCACAGAUUCUGGGAAAGAAUGAGCCCAUCCCCCCCAACGCCAUGGUCAAGCCCAAUGCCAACGACGCCCAGGUGCUGAUGUGGCGGCCAAAGACUGGUGACCCUGUGGUGGUCAUCCCACCUAAAUACUGACCUGUUUUCCCUCUGACUUUCACUGACUGGCCUUGGAUACCUUAACAGUAUCAUCUUCUUUAGUUUCUUUCUUUUACUCCUGCUCCUCACCAGCUCUCACUGCUUUAACUCUUCUUUUUUUCUGUCUCUAUAUUCUCUCAUGUUUGAAAAUGAAACCAGCUCUCAGAAAACAAAACAAAAGACCAGCUGUUGCUUUGAGCUACGGGCUUGAACACUUUCUAAAGGCACUUUUGAAACCGGAGAAAAUGCAACUAUUCUACCUUCAGACUUGGUCGGGUCUCACUGUGCUAAACUGCAAAAACGAAAGAGAGCAUUUGUUUUGUUUUUUUACAGUACUGUAUAAUUGUUUGAGCCAACCGACGUAGGGUUUGGGAGUCCAGGGAAGAUUGAAGUUUUUCUAUGACCGUGCGUGUGCAGGUGGAUAUGCACAAAGGUCAUGAACAAGCAUCAGUUGUGUUUUGUUUUGUUUUUUUAAUUUAUGGACUGGAAGAGAAGCGUAUUUAAUUGUAUUUGAUGUUAUUGCUGUGUUCUCUACAUGACACAUUGCAUUGGGUGACAUACUAGAUUUUAGUACUUUUUAAAGAAAAAAAAACAUGCAAGACAUUCAAUCCAUGCUGCCUUACAUUACAUUGCUUUCCACUGCGAACUUCUUAGCCUUAAACAAAGUGCAAUGCAGUAUGUGGUAAACUCAUGCCCGUUCCUUCCAGACUGUUGGCGCUGGCACGUGUGGGUUUAGGACAGGAACCACAGCACUGAGGAAAAACUCGGGUUUCAGAUCUUGGCUUCUGGGUUUCAUUUACCUGCUGAAUCUAUUGUCUUAACAAACGCAACUGGCAUUAUGCACAGACACAGUUACACAACUGAGCUAACUAGCUGAGCUGUGUUUCAAGUGCUUUAUGCAAGAGAGGAGAUGCUCUGUGCAGAUGGACAUACAGAGAGGCGAGUCUCAUCAGCAGCCCUCAGCACACACACAUACACACAUAAACACAAAAACAUGCAAUAACAACUUGAGCAUAAAAAAACUCCACAGCUGACCUCAUUUCACUUAUUUUACUCAAACCUUUACUGUUUUAGCAAAGUAGCAGAAAACAAGUUCUCGAUAUUACGCCAUCUCAGGGCCCCUUGUUACUUCCUUCCCUUCUCGAAUCUUUUUUUUCCACCCAUCCUGUCUCGCCUCCUCCUUAUCACAUUGCUCACAUUGAGCAAUGAAUAUCUGUUAUAAAUAAGAAGGGAAAUAUUUUUUAAUAAGUGGUCAAUGAAAACAGCAGUCUGUCUUUUAUUUUUUUUUCUCCUGCAAUCUUUUUGUCAUCGCUUUUUUAUUGCUGCUGCCAUUAAUUUGCCUUCCAUCUAAUUUAAUCCAAUCAUUUGUCUUCUAUGUUAACAGAUUUUUCUGUUUGUUCCCCCCCCGUCCCUCACCCUCAAUCACUUUUAAUCUUUAUCUACCACCAGUGCUCCUCCUCCCACUCGCUCACUUGUUCACUUCCUCUCUGCCUCUUUUAUUUAUUUUUUUCAUCUGCUGUCGAGGCUGCAAAAGCAGAGCAGGAGGCAUGCGAGUUUGAUGCUCAGUUGGCAUAUAGAUGACCCACUUCUCCUUAGCUCUCGCUGCAGAAAUGUGAGGCCCGUGUUUUUUUUAUUUCACCGCUGGUGCAUGACCCCCCCCCCACCCCACACACACACAUAAGGAAGUGGCUCUGGUCAGCUAAAGAUCGACGGUCGAUGAAACGAUGCGUAUUUAAGUGCUAAUCUUUGAGAAGGGCUUUGGUGGUGAACUGAAACUGCUUGCAAAAGCGUGAAGAAACAGGCUAAAUUUGGCAAUAAGGGAGGAGGGGGACGGGGGUCAUUUACUUAUCAAUGGUAUCCCAAAUAUACUAUGGGUUGUGUAGACAGUUUUUCACUUCCAGUUGUUCGAAGCAUCUUGCAAUUUCCUUCCGCCCCUCCCCAGUCUGUGUGUGUUCAGCGCCAACUAAAGAAAUCAUCUGCAUUCAAGUCCGAUCUGCUCGUGCAUUUCACAAAGGUCACUGGGCUGCUGUUUCAGAGUCCAAGCAUCAUACGCUGUAUACCACCAGACUUGGUCCGGUCCUUCAGUGGCCCUACAUCAGCCACUUUCACUGAGAAAGCAGGCACACACAAACGUAAAUAAUCACGAUCUGUUCCACAUAGGAGCGGAGUUUAAUUAAGGUGACGGGUAACAUCUGCAUUUACCUCGAGCAAAGAGCAGGCGGCUGGGUGGAGGGGUGGGGAGCGGGGGAUGCUGAAUGUGAAGGUGACAACAAACCGGAUCCAACUUAGAUCUUUGCAGCAGCUUAAAAAUAACGCUGGCAUUUUCAGAGAACUUGGAUGUCAAGUUGCUUCAGCUUGUGGCUUGUAGUGAAGGUGAUGCCGCUCAUGCUGCGAACCCACCGACCUCUCUCGGGCAAUAAGCGGCCCGUCUGCUCCGCGGAAAGCCACACGAUGACCGGUGGACACCGUGGAUCGUACUCAAGUUGGACCACGUGUAAUGUAAUUAAGUGCUGACAUACAGUCACUGACUUUCAGUGUGUGCGUGUGCUUUAAUUCCCGCUGGGAGGAUUUAGGCAAGAUGAGGAGUUUCACUCAUGUGCUUAUGCUGUUGUUGAGUCAUGACCCUCCCUCUGUCUUUCUCUCUCUAUUCACCCAUCUCACUCACACACAUAAGCAGAGGGCAGGGAAGGUUGUGUCCUUGUCAUAAAAUGAGCUUGCCCUCACAAACACACAAAAUCACCCCGAGGCGAAGGGACCAGCCUGGCUUGGUAUCUGUUUGUCACAGCAGUGUCACAUUGGCAGUGAGAACUCAUUUAUCAGCCCGGCACGUGGACCGUCUGAACACAUGCACAAGCCAUAUUCAGCAGCAUGCCUGUUUACUAGAAAACAGGAAAUGCUUCGCAGCAUGUAAACAUUGUAUUGUAAUUGUAUUGUAUUAAGAUCCGAGAGAAUUAAAGUGCCGGGCUCACCAAGUGGGUGCCUGCCAGCUAUCAACAGCAUUUAUGUAAUACUGAAGGCAAAGGGCACCAAUUGUCUUCUGUGUGUGUCUCAAUCUUUUGAGCUUUGUGUAGAUGAAAAUAUGUGUUUUGUGUUUGUGCGGAAACUUCAAAAAUGCUGUAUGUGCUUCCUUGACUAAGCCACAGAAAAACAAAACCACAAUGUUGUACUUUUGCUGUACAAAUGGUGAAAAAACAAAGGUGCCAAAAUUGGACAAAGCCAAAACUAUGCAUUGUUUUUAGAGACAUGUGAACUCAAAAAGCUCUUGGCACUUAGUGACAGACCUGUUUCUUUGGUUGUUUUUUUAUUGAAUGCACGUUUGUAUUUCCAGAGAAACAUUAUGAAUAUAGCCAUGCUAGUAGGGCUGUGCCAAGUGAGUGUUUCCUCUCCUAAACCCACACCCUUUACAGUUCCUGUGAGGACUGCUAGCUUUGUUUCAUUUCCUUAUUUAGUUAUCUAGUGAACUAAAUUCAAAUUGAGUUCACACUCAGGACCACCUGCCUUCAUUUUCCGGCUUUUACUUUUGGCCAUACCCCACGAAAGUUAGUAUUCCACAGGUGCUGCUCCAUUGUGUUGUUCUUCUCGUGUCAGCGAUUAUAAGUCGUCGUUUUAAAUGUAGCCCAAAAGAUAAUAGGAGCAACUAAGUGUGUCCCUCCUUUCUUUUUGGUUUGUUUUCUGGAAAUACAGCACUGAAACAGUUCAGACCGAAUGUGUUUUUUGGGAAUUUUUUUCUGUUCCGCUUUGACUUUUACACCAAUACUUGAAAAUGGGUCAGUUCUGGUAAAAUAUUUAAAACUGUGAAAAUGCACACCACUGGGGAAACAAACCCUCAGAAAAAAAAAUAAUAUAUAUAUAUAUAUAUAUAUAAUAUAAAGAGGUCUUUUUCAUGCCUAAUAAAAUGUAGAAAUAUUA